AUGACUAGGGUUCAAAGUUCCGAAGAACACGCCAGUUUUGUGACGCAACCCAUAAAAUACGCGAAGCACAAGAAUAACCGACGCGUCUGGUUGACCAUCGUGCUCGUGUGGAUGAUAUCUGCAGCCAUCGGCGCGCCGAUCGUGCUGGGCCUGAACGACACGCCGGACCGCAACUACGACGAGUGCCUCUUCAACAGUCUCAACUACGUGCUGUACUCCUCUCUGGGUUCCUUCUACAUCCCUUGUAUCAUGAUGAUGUUCCUCUAUUAUAAUAUUUUUAAGGCAUUAAGAAACCGCGCGAAAAAGCAAAGGGCAGCCAAAAAGCCUCCCGUAUCUGGUGAACCAACGGGCACCGCAGCCGCCGUAGUCAUAGAGAAUGUAGCACAGAUAAGACAACUGGAGACUGCUAUAGAUGACAGACCUACCAACACAGGCUCUGGGAGCAAUGAGGACGACCACGAAGACAGUUUCGACAAGCGGUCUGUGGAAUUGGAUGUGGAUGUAGAUGAAUGUCACGUGAUACCCAAUGACAAAUCGACCGAGUUCAUGCUGGCCACGGUCACGGAGGAGACCAGCAAGGCUCCGAAAAAGAAAACAAAAUGUCAAAUAGUUCAAGAUCCGAAUGGUAACAAUGACUCCGGUUACGCUGCCUCCAAUUUAGAAGACACGAUAAGGGAACAUAUCUCGCCUCCUGCGUCACCAUCUAUAAGAGACGCUACAGUAUUGAAAAAUCUGUCGUGUGAAAGAUGGAAGAAAAAUGGGAAGAGAGUUGAAGCAGAUAACAGAAAUGCAUCAAUUGCCUUCCGUUCUGAGGACGACCUAGCCUCCAGCCAUUACGACCUUCGUGAUGGCACCAACAGUAAAAAGGAGAGAAAGGCUAGUUCAACCGCUAGAUUCACUAUUUACAAGGCGAAUAAAGCGAGCAAGAAGAAGCGAGAGAAAUCGUCAGCAAAGAAGGAAAGAAAAGCUACCAAAACCUUGGCUAUUGUGUUAGGUGUCUUCCUCUUCUGCUGGACUCCGUUCUUCACGUGCAAUGUUUUGGACGCUAUCUGCGCAAAAUUCGGGCUCCAAUUCUCGCCCGGAGUGACCGUCUUCAUCCUCAACACUUGGCUCGGCUACAUAAACUCAUUCCUAAAUCCAGUAAUCUAUACCAUCUUCAAUCCGGAGUUCAGGAAAGCCUUCCGCAAGAUCCUCAAAUGCAGCACCUAG